UUUUUACAAAGACACUUCGAAAGAUGUUGUAAAUAAUUAACUUUUUCUUCAGGCAAAGUAUUGUGUACUUAAUGAGUCCCUAGUGCUUUAGAAUUGUUAAUAUCUUUGUUGGGCACACCACUGAAGAUGAGGUCAAAAGAGUCGGCUUUUAUCAUCAUAUUAAUCAUCUCAGGAGAACUCUAUGCAGAAGAGAAACCCUGUGGUCUUCCUAGUGUGGAAAAUGGAAGGAUUGCCCAAUAUUACUAUUCUUUUAAAAACUAUUACUUUCCAAUGAGAAUAAAUGAAAAACUGUUGUUUUCCUGCUUGGCUGGUUAUACCACUGAAACUGGGAAACAAGAGGAGCGAAUCACAUGUACCCGAGAGGGCUGGUCUCCAGAACCACGUUGCUUCAAAAAAUGCACUAAGCCUGAGCUGAGAAAUGGUUACAUCUCUGAUGCAACAUUAAUGUACAAAAUUCAAGAGAACAUGCGUUAUGGUUGUAAUUCAGGAUAUAAAACCACUGGAGGAAAGGACGAAGAAGUGGUUCAGUGUCGUGCUGAUGGAUGGUCUUCGCAACCUACCUGUAAGAAGGAACAUGAAACAUGUUUGGUCCCUGAAUUAUACCAUGGAAAUUAUUCCACAACGCAGAAAACAUUCAAAGUGAAGGACAAAGUACAAUAUGAAUGUGCUGCUGGCUACUAUACAGUUGGAGGCAAGAAGACCGAGGAGGUAGAAUGUCACACAUAUGGAUGGUCUCUCACACCAAAAUGUACCAAAUUAAAGUGCUCUUUAAGAUUAAUAGAAAAUGGUUAUUUUCAUCCUAUAAAGCAAACAUAUGAAGAAGGAGAUGUAGUUCAGUUUUUCUGUCAUAAAAAUUAUCAUCUAAGUGGAUCUGACUUAAUUCAGUGCUAUAACUUUGGUUGGUACCCAGAAUCUCCUGUAUGUGAAGGAAGAAGAAAUCGAUGUCCUCCUCCGCCUCUGCCUCUAAACUCCAAAAUUCAAACAUAUUCAACAACUUAUCGUGAUGGAGAAACAGUUCAUGUAGAAUGUGAACUUAAUUUUGAGAUACAAGGAUCAGAAGAAAUACGUUGUAAAAAUGGAAAAUGGACAGAACCUCCAAAAUGCAUUGAAGAAAAGGAGAAGACAGCCUGUGGGGACCCACCCUUCAUUGAGAAUGGUACAGCAAACCUGGACUCUACGAUUUAUUACAAUGGGGACAAAGUGGCAUAUGAAUGUAAAAGUGGGUAUCAUCUUCGUGGAUCAACAGAAAUAACUUGUAAACGUGGAAAGUGGACACAUCCUCCUGAGUGUGUUGAAAAUAAUGAGAAUUGUAAGCCUCCACCUGAUAUAAUAAAUGGGGCUGUUGUUGACGGAUUACGGGCAAGCUACACAACAGGGUCCUCAGUGGAAUAUAGAUGCAAUGAAUAUUACUUACUGAGUGGAGCAAAAGUAUCUCAUUGUGAACAAGGAAGAUGGUCAUCCCCACCUAUUUGCUUAGAGCCAUGUACUAUUAAUGUGGAUUACAUGUACAGAAAUAAUAUAGAGAUGAAGUGGAAGUAUGAAGGAAAGGUCUUACAUGGAGAUUUAAUAGAUUUUGUAUGUAAACAAGGAUAUGACUUAUCUCCAUCAACCUCGUUGUCUGAAUUAUCUGUACAAUGCAAUAGAGGAGAAGUGAAAUAUCCCUUAUGUAUUAGAAAAGAAUCUAAAAGAAUGUGUGUAUCUCCUCCACUUAUUACAAAUGGAGUCAUAAUUAGUUCAACAUCAGACAUCUAUGAAAAUGGUUCCUCGGUAGAAUACAAAUGUUUUGAUCACCACUUCCUUCAAGGAUCUAAGGAGUCCUAUUGUUUAGAGGGAGUGUGGACUACGCCACCAUUGUGUUUAGAGCCUUGCACAUUAUCUUCUGUUGAAAUGGAAAAUAAUAAUUUACUCCUGAAAUGGGAUUUUGAUGAUAGACCACAUAUUUUCCAUGGCGAGUAUAUUGAGUUUCUUUGUAAGAGAAAUACGUAUAUAGCUGAAUUCUCUAUUAUUGGAUCUGAACUCAGAGUGCAGUGUGACAGAGGGCACUUAAAAUAUCCAAGAUGCAUUCACAGAGAAAGUGGCACUAUUGAGUAUGAUGUUAGCUGUGGGUUUUUCAUAUACAGCCGUUAUUAUUUUGAGUUCCUUAGGUUACCAUACUGUCUUGAUGAGUAUAGCUCUGUAAUACACCUGAAGUUUGGAAUAGUGAUGCCUUGA